UCCGGUUGAAGGGUGGGCGCGAAACAACCGUCAUCCAGUAGUAUUCUUUGAUUUACGAAAAGAACGUUUGAAGUUUGAAUACUUCCCCUUUAAUGUUUCCACGACCGUUAAUUACCCUACGAUCCACAGGUGUGAUUCCGAUCAACUUUGCGCGCGCAAUCUCCCCCUCACUAUGCAAACCGAACCGCGCAAGACCGGCGUCCGGCGCCAUUCGCGCACGUGACGUCAAAACGCCGCCUGUAUGUCACGGCAGUGAGGCACUGUCAUUUUUCGUUUUACCGCGCGCGCGCUUCGUGUGCCCGUGCCCUAUUGCGAUUGUACGGUACGUCGUGACCACGGGAGUGUGCGUGUGCGCUGUAUACACAAAUACAUAAAUAAUAUCCAUACUUUAUAGCAAUUAGCAACACCGUUUUCGCGCUAACGAUUCGUUUCUUUCGAUCCGUGUCCUCAGUCUUUCGCGAAGAUCGUUCGGGCGGGCUGCUCUAUGCAACCGUGCUUUGCGUGCAACGUUGACGGCUCGUAUUAUUAUUAAAAUUACGCCCGCGAUUUGGAUAGCGAAAAAGUAUUUUAUCUGUUUAUAUUUUUUUUUUUCGCUUCGUUCGCUCAUCGCGCACUGAUUCCAUCGCCACCCAACCUGGUAAGAAAAUAUAUACGCCAGGUCGAUCCUCGGCACUGGCGUGACGCACGUCCCUUCGAGGCAGCCGCUUUCACCGGUGCGAUAGUAAUGCCCCGAUAAUAUGACCAAGUCCAGGUUUCUCGGCAAACCGCCAAAAGCGCGAUGUCAGCGCAAGAUGAUCCGGGUCGGCGUGUCCGAUUUCGUGGACGUCGAGGCCAAGAACGCCCGAUUGAUAGCCAUUGCACUCAAUGUAUUUCGGACAACGUUCGAAAAGGACGGAGAGCAACAGGAGUUCGCUGGGUUUAGCAAUAGCGACUGCGAAGAAACUGCAAAUAAGCUACGAGAGACUUGUGAUCGAAAUGUCGUGCCAUACGACCAACGGAGCAAGUACUACACUGACACUGUUAUGGUUCAACCUAGUAUUAUAAGUAAAAUGGAUUGUCUAAAAGUUAAAAAAGAAGAAAAUUCAGUAUGUGAACUUAAUACUGCAAAUAAAAACACCAGUAUAUCUCCAAUCGUAUCCUGUUUAGAUGACAAUCUUAACUAUACUUUUGCAAAAUCAUGCAAAGGAGGUCCACUGAAUAUGAACCAAACCAGUGGUGAAGUACAAUGUGGUGUUUGUGGUGUUAUUCGUUUUUAUAAAUCAAUUGCAAAGACAAAAAAAUAUGGAGCAUACAGUUGUGAUUCUUGCAGAAAGUUUAUAGCUAAAUCAAUUGAAAAUCAAAAUUCUAUCAACCGUUGUAAUAAUGAUAGAGGCAUAGGACAGUGUCGCAUUCCAAAUGGGCUUAAAUCUCAAAAUGGUGUGACAAGGAUUGUGUCAACUGAUUCUCGCUGUAAAGCAUGUUGGCUUCAAAUGUGUCUGAAGCGAUUCAAGUUACCAGAAACAACUGUUCAACGGCUAUUAGACACACUUCCUAGAGAAAUAGCCCCAGUUCUUAUGUGGGUUUUGAAAAAACCUGAUCCAUGGACCAUAAAUAUAGAAGAUGUCUUAAAAAAAAAAAUUAUUCGAGAGUAUAAACUUCACAAAGAGAUCAUUAGUGCCUUACGAGAAGAAGACAGUGAUGAAAGCAAUGAAGAGUUGUAUAGUAGUGAAAAUGACAUUGAUGAAUAUUCAGAUAAGUCUGAUUCAGAUAUGGAAUACAAUACAAAAAAAAUAUAUAGUAGAAAGAAACCAAAGCUUGAAGAAAAAUUAACCAAUAAUAAAAUAAAAAGAAAAAAAAUGAAAAAAGUUGAGAUUUGUAAAGAUAAUCAACCAAAUUAUAAUAAACGAGUUGCAUCAAUUCGAUCAAUAAAUACUGCAACACCCAACUUAUUAGAAACUAAAGAAUUCAAAUAUUUUAAUACAAAAGGACCCAGAAUUAAACAUGUGUGUCGCACUGCUGAGUCAGUUUUUGGACAAACCCAGGCUACCUUUGGAAAUGUUUUAGAGAACUCUCUAGAUAUUGAUUGGUAACCAAAGUACGUAUUUAGAUGCUUAAUUUCUAUUAAAUUAAUUAUGUAAAUAUUAAUUUUUAUGGAAGUUGCCAAUGUUAUGGACUCAUCUAGUAAAUGCUCAAAAAUGUCAUUACCUGUUGAUAAUGAACAAGAUUUUUAUUUAUCUAUUCAACCAAAUAGAACACUUCAAGAUCUAAUGAUGCAAGAUCAUCUAAAUGCUAACAUAGAUAACACUGAAGAUGACAAAACUAUUGAUUUGAAUUUCCGUGAAAGUUAUGACCCAGAUAGAAUUGCUGAAAAUGGAUUUGCUAUUGUGGGUACUGAACCAUUAUCAAUACCUCGGCGAGCAGUAUGUUUCUUAUGUGGAAGUGCUGGAAUGGAGAAAUUAAUCCACUGCGUUUCUUGUUGUGAACCUUAUCACAAGUUUUGUGUUGAUGGUGUUGGUGUUGGAAUUUCAUCACAUGAAAGCGAAUGGUCAAAAAUUAGUUGGACAUGUCCGAAAUGUAAGAUUUGUAAAGGUUGUCAAAGUAGAGGUAAAACACGACCAAAAUUAACUUGUCAACGGUGUAAGGAUUCUUAUCAUGAUCAUUGUCUUGUUGACAAAAUUGUUUAUGAUAGAAACAGGCCAUGGGCUUGUCCACCUUGUAGAAAAUGCAAAAGUUGCCAUAUACCUCAAGUUGAUUAUUUUGUUGGUAAUUUAGCUCUGUGUGUUAUGUGCUUUCAAUUAAGACAACGUGGUAAUUUUUGUCCACUAUGUCAAAAAUGUUACGAGACUGAUGAUUAUGAAACAAAGAUGAUGGAAUGUGCAGUUUGCAAACAUUGGGUUCAUUCUAAAUGUGAAGGCUUAUCAAAUGAGAAAUAUGAAGUUUUGAGCACAUUACCUGAAGUUGUUGAGUAUGUUUGCAAGAAUUGUACUACUGAUAGCACUGUUCCGUGGCGAGCUUAUGUUGACGAAGCAUUAAAGAGUGGUUUUAUGACUGUUCUAUUGAUUCUGGGAAAAAAUAAAAAAACAUGUGAUCUUAUUAAAUGGAGUCCUCAAAAACAAUCACCAGGCUGUGUAUGUAAAAAAUUGAUCAUACCAAAAUUCCCAUCACUUGAUGGACCUAAUGUUGCUACAAAUAAAACUACUGUUGAAAUUCCUAAACAAUGUGUUUGUCAUGGAUUGGAAGGAUGGUCUAAAGGUACUCCAACCCUAGUCACAAUAAAGCAGAAAGUCAAUAACAACGAAUAUGAAUCCCUUUGUCAAUUUAACGAUGACAUGUUAAGUACCAUUGAUAAAUUUGAUGUGCCCGAACUUCGGUUAGAAUAUAAGAAAAUUGUUACUGAAGUUUUUCCAUGGUUCAGCUCCGAUUUUGAAAAGAACUCUCCUCGUAAAAGUUCCUAUUCAUCAAGUACAUUACCAAUUAUAAGUCCACCUAAGUUUAUUCCAAAAUUUUCAUUUAAUUUACUAAAUUCUGAUAUAAAAGCUCUACAUGAUAUUAUCGGUAAUGAUGAAAAUAAUUAUUAUUUGACUCCAAAAAUAGAUGAUACAAGAGUGUGUCAAUUUUGCAAGAAAUUGGGUGAAGGCAUUCCAAUGCGAGAAGGAAGACUUCUUUAUUGCGGUGAUAAUAUAUGGGCCCAUGCCAACUGUGCUUUAUGGUCUUCUGAAGUUUUUGAAGAAAUUGAUGGAUCGUUACAAAAUGUUCAAUUAGCUCUAUCUAGAGGUAAACUUGUUCGAUGUGUAGUUUGCAAUGAAAAAGGUGCAAGUGUUGGAUGUUGUUAUCGCAAUUGUGUGAAGACAUAUCAUUUUCAAUGUGCUAGAAAAGUAUUUUGUGUUUUUAAUGAGAAUAAAACUGUGUAUUGUAAUAACCAUGCAUCUGAUACGCGCUGUAGUGUUAAAGAUUUUACAUUGGAAAGACUGAUUUACAUAGAACAAGAAGACAUCAAACAAAAGCGUAAAGAAAGUUCAGAGAUUCAUAUUUUAAUUGGUUCAUUAUAUAUUAGUUGUAUAGGACAUUUACAUCCAUUUCUUUCUGACAGUGUUGAAUCUAUUUUUCCUAUUAAUUUUAAAGCAAAACGAUACUAUUGGUCAACAAAAGAACCUUGGAAAUUAAUUCAGUACAAUUGGACUACUAAGAUGGAAAAUUAUGUAGAAAAGUUAAAAUUUGACAAACUUAACUACACUAUUGAUCAUAAUAAACAAGAAAAUGAAAUUGAGCUUACCAAAGACAAAAAUUGUAAACAAGAUUUAGAUAUUAAUUUGUUUACGUCCAUUCAGGUUGAUAACUUACAAAAGUGUUAUGAAGCUUUAAAAAGAAAAUGUCCAAUUGAUUCUACUUUUCAAGCUAAACGUUGUAAAAUGGAUAGUAAUAUUGAUUGUUUUGCUUACCCUAAUUAUGAUACAGAUUCUGAAUUUGAAUCAACAAUUGAUGAAACUUGUAGAAUGGAAAUAUUUUCAAAUAGUUAUGGAUUAAAACCAAAAGCAAUUCCCCAAUUUGAUGGGUUGUAUGAUUCAAGCGAUUGUGAAUCAGAGUUUGAAUUAUAUCAACUUGACAACUUGACUGAUGUCAUUGAUGAUUGCACAAAUGACCAACCGGUAAAAUGUAAUAGAUGUCACCGGACAUAUAGAACUAGUAUAAGCUAUGAAAGGCAUUUGGUAAAUUGUAAUUUUGACUAUGAUAUAGAUAGUGACAGUGAAUCUAGUGAUGACGACAAAUGUGAUAAGAAAAUUGAAGAUGAUUGUUUACCACUUGUAGACGAAGUAGUACAAAUAGAAGAUCAAAAUAUUGUUCCUCAGCAAAAUGUUAUUCCUACCACUCAAAUAGAAUCUGAACAACAACAACAACAACAACAAGAUGAACCACCUCAUACUGUUAUACUUCAGCCUAUUCAUACUUCAUUUGUCCAACCUUCUGUGUCUGACGUUCAGUACAUAACAAUAAAUAGUACUCCAACACAAUCUGUCUUGCCAUGUUUUCAAUAUCAAACUUCACCAACUGUUAUAGUACAACCAUCAGUUGUUGAUCCUACUACAGUAGUUCUAAACAGCCCUCCAUUAGACAUGUAUGUCUCUCAGAGUAAUAAUUUAUUAUUUAGUUCACAACCCAUGAUAGUUGGUUUGGAUCAAUAUACCACUAUGUCUUCAAAUUAUACUUUUACUCAAUCACCUCAAAUUUACCAACCUACAAAACCCGUAGAACCAAUUUCAAAUCAAUAUUAUAUCAUUAAUACAGAUCCAACAAUUUCAAAUGAGUGGUCAUAUAAUAUUACGUCUGAAAUAAAAACUGAACGUAAAGUAGUGUGUACUCAGCCCAAAGUCUAUUCUAACCGUAAAUUGCGAUUAACUGAGUGUUAUGAUACCAAAGAAAAUAUACCUAAUAGCUUAGUGCAAUCUGUAGAAAAUCAGGUGUAUGGCGUUAUGAAUAUCAUGAGAAACGUAAAUCCAGAACCAUGGAAAAGACCAACUAUGAAAACAUAUCCAUCUAAAAGAAUUGAAGAACAGAAAAUUUCACCUAGAAGAAUUGAAGAAAAGAAAAUACUUCCAAAAUGUGUUGAACCAUCACAUUUAUUUAAAAUAUCAACUCCUGUUAUAAAUACAGUGAAGCCCAUUUCAGUACAAACAGAAUUCAUAGAGUCCUCUUCAGUAAAAUUGGGUUAUUCACCACCAUCUAAUGCUGUGUCAAAUGUUACACCAUGUUCAUUGAAAUUAAAUAGUGCUUUAUCUUCACCUCUAAAAACUGAACAAAAACCUUUAGAUUCAUCAGUAAAAACCUUAAAAGUGUUACCUUCUCAAAAUAUAACAAAUGAAGUGAGUUACAGACAAUUAGAAAAAAUAAACUCUUCAUUUUUAAAAGGGGGAAAUACUGAGUCUUUAAAUCAACAAAAAUUAAAUAAUUCAUCAAUUCCUCAAUUACAAUUUAGUGAGCAUAUUUCUAUAAGUUCAGAAAAGCCAUUAUUACUAGAAAUAGAAAAACCCUCUUAUAUGCAGCAGUCAGAAGAGCCACCACAAUCACUUGUACAAAAUGUAGAAAAAAAAUCAAACGUGUCCAAAAUAGAAACAUAUUCAUCCACUUUAGUUACAGAUAUAAAUGUACCGUUGUUAAAUUUAGAUAAGCAAUCAAGUACUUCAAUGCUAGUUAAUAAAAAUUUGAAAAAUUACGAACCUAUGGAAGUAGAAAUACUAUCACCUAGUCCUAGUCAUUUUGGAAAUGAUAAAUCACACAUAGAAAAAAAUUUAUGUUCUAAUACUUGUGAAAGUAUUUUGCCAAAUGUCCAUAACGUUACUGAAAAUAAAAUGAAAAAAGUUAGUUCAUCAAAUAAAGAAGUUACUUUAAGUAUUCAAGAAAACUCAUCACAAAUAAAAACACAAACUGACCAUCAUAUAACCUAUCCAGGGCGUCAAUGGUCUUCAUCUGCAGCAGAACGUGAACAGACAGUACCUCACCUCAUGUUUGAAAUGAGUUCUGCUGAUGGUGUCUUCUGUAAAGAUCGUUCACUUGUUGAAAUUUGGUCUAAAUUAUUUGAUGCUGUUCAGGUAUCAAGGAAUGAACGUAAAAUGCCUCAAUUAUCAUCAAGCAAUCCAUAUGCAAGUGAUAUAACAGCAGCAAUUCGAUCUCUAGGCCUAAGCAAUAAUUUUUUAAAGUAUCUUUUAGAACAACUUUCGGGUGCAAAAGAAUUUGUUAAAUACAAACCAGUAUACCAUAAAGGUGCUGAUGUUGUUGGUUCCACUACAGAAAAUAAUUCAGGGUGUGCUCGUACAGGAAUAGUAGUUAGAAAAAACAGAUAUGAUAUGUUCAGUUGGUUAGCUUCCAGGCACAGAAAACCUCCAAAGCUGUUAGCGAAUAAUGAAGACUUUGGUGGUCGCCGUGCUAAUUCCUUGCCCAAUGAAAUGAAAUAUAGAAACAUGAAUAAAUUAUUGACCAGCACUAUUGGUGUAUAUCGAUCAGAUAUUCAUGGGCGUGGGUUGUUUUGUUUGAGGGACAUUGAACAAGGGGAGUAUGUCAUUGAGUAUACAGGCGAGGUUAUUCGAUCAGAAGUAAGCGAUGUGCGUGAAAAACUCUAUAAUAAAAAAGGGAUUGACUGUUACAUGUUCAGAAUCGAUCAGGAUAUUGUUGUAGAUGCUACAAUGAAUGGAAACUCUUCUAGAUUUAUUAAUCAUUCGUGCGAACCUAAUUGUCAUUCAAAAAUUGAAACAAUCCAUGGUAAAAAACAUAUAAUGAUUUUGGCUAAAAGAAAACUACUGCAAGGCGAAGAACUCACAUAUGACUAUAAAUUCCCAUUAGAAGAUGACAAAAUUACGUGCCAUUGUCUUUCAAGAAAAUGUCGUAAAUAUCUAAAUUAACAUUAUUUUUUUUAGUCUUCUGUGCCCUUUAAAAUUAUUUGCCAUUAAAUAUAUAUAUUUAUUUUGAAGUACCUUAUAGAUCUAAUUAUAUAUUAUCUAUGUUAAACGAACUUUUAGGCUAUUUUUUUAUAAUUAUUAUUUUUUUCUAUUUAUAACUGUUUAAUUUUGUUACCUUUAAUGAUAGAUGAAUAUUUUUGUACUAUAAAUUAGUUUUAAUUUUUUACUAAUUAUUUGAUGAAAUUUGUGUAAUUAAUUUAUACAAUAAUUGUACUUUCAUAUUAAUGGAAUAUCUACAUCACAAUUUUUCAUCACCUGUAAAUUAUUAUAAUCACAUACAAUUGAAAACAUGCAGUUCAGUAGCUAAUAGUCAAGGAAAUAAAUAUACCUAGAAAUAUCUUGAUUUACAAUAUAAAAUAUAGCUCAUAUAAUGAUUAUUUAAUUAUUAAUACAAUUAACAAGUAAUUAAUAAUAAUUGUUAUUCUAACUAUAAUUUUUAUAUUAUGAAUUUAUUUUCUUGUAUUUAAAUGUUUUAAAAUUAAUUAUGUAAAUUUAUGUUAUAAAUGUAUGUCAUGUUAUUUUAAUGUACUUUAAAACUACCUCAUAAUUUUAUUUUUAUACAAUAUUGAAAAUUAAUUUAAGAAAUAUUAUUUUUUGCCUCUACCAUCACUUUUAAGUAGUAUUUACAUGUGAUAAUAAAGUUAUAAAUCAAAUUUA